UGUGUGAUGCAAGGAUAUCGCAAGACAAGCUCAAACAGGAGGUAGCAACGACCUAUAUGACCGAGCUACAUCCCACACUCCUCACUGACUGCCUUUCUUCAUCUUAUCAAUUAGACAGGAACAUCUCACAACUCACAUACACCAUCACCACUCAACACCGGCAAUAUGAGAUUCACUGCCCUCACUUCCGUUGCAAUUCUCGCAGCUACUGUCAUCGCUGCCCCAGCCAUCCAGAGAGAGGAGAAACGCGCCUUUGUCACUGACGAGCUUGAUCCCCGUGAGUUUGUGACUGAGCCAGAGCGACGCUCCUUUGUCGCUGAGGAGAAGCGUGGCUUCGUCACCGAGGAUGAGAUGGAGAAGAGGGGCUUCGUCACUGAGGAGAAGCGUGGAUUCGUCACUGAGCCUGAGAUGAACAAGCGUGGCUUCGUGACCGAGAAGCGAGGCUUUGUGACGGAGCCCGAGAAGAGGUCUUUUGUGACUGAGGACAAACGUAGCUUCGUCACCGAACCCGAGAAGCGAGGCUUCGUCACUGAGGAAAAGAGAGGCUUCGUCACCGAGGACAAGCGCAGCUUCAUUACUGAGCCUGAGAAACGUGGCUUUGUUACUGAGGAGAAGAGAAACUUUGUCACUGAGCCCGAGAAGCGUGGGUUCGUUACUGAGCCCGAGAAGAGAUCCUUCACUACGGAGGAGAAGCGCGGAUUCGUCACCGAGGAUAAGCGCAGCUUUCUUACGGAGCCCGAGAAGAGAGCGUUUGUAACUGAAGACAAGCGCAGCUUCAUCACUGAGCCUGAGAAGCGCGGGUUUGUCACUGAGGAGAAGCGCUCUUUUGUCACCAAGCCCCACAAGAGAGGAUUUGUCACGGAAGACAAGCGUGCCUUCGUCACCGACGAGAACGUGGAGUAGUCUCUGAUCGUCUUUGCCACUUUGGGAAGGUAUUGGUGGAGUUCAGAUUGAAGUCACGGGGGAAAGGGUUAAAACUAUACAGAUUGUCCUCUCGAGAACCUGGCGGCAUAUUUUCUUGAAGUUUUUCUUGGUUACGCUAGACGAAGUAGCUUCAACAGCAGACUGGUCGUUGGAAUCAAAACUCUUCUUUCGCC